UCUGCUUACUGUUUCCUUGUAGUUGAUCGUGACUGUGAAACUAAUCCAUGUGAAAAUGGUGGCACAUGUGUAAUUGCAGCAAAUGGAGUGUCUUGUAUUUGUGCUCCUGGCUGGACUGGAUCUUUGUGUGAAACUGAUAUUGACGAGUGUGCAUCAAACCCAUGCAUGAAUAAUGGCUGGUGUGAAGAUCAAGUUAAUGGAUACAAAUGCCAUUGUCGUCCUGGCUGGCAAGGGGCUCAGUGCCAGCUAGAUGUCGAUGAAUGCAAAGACAGCACCUGUGUGAAUGCAAUCUACUGUCGGAAUCUUCAAGGUAGCUAUGAAUGUCAGUGCCAGGCAGGUUGGACUGGGAAAAACUGUGAUAUGAACAUCAUUGAUUGUGUUGGUCAGUGUCACAAUGGUGCUACAUGCGUUAACCUUGUGAAUGAUUACCGUUGUCAGUGCAGACCAGGCUUUACAGGGCGGCACUGUGAUGCAGCGAUAAAUGGGUGCCAUAGCCUACCUUGUCUAAAUGGAGGUGUAUGUCACGACCUUAACGAUGGCUUCAGGUGUGAGUGUCCCUCAGGCUAUGUUGGUUUGCAGUGUCAGAUUGCUAUCAAUUUGUGCCAACAAAACCCUUGCAGAUCUGGUUCUACAUGUUAUGAUAUGCGAGGAGAUUUCUACUGCCAUUGUCAGCCUGGUUUUGAAGGAAAAACUUGUGAAAAAAAGAAGAAAAUUUGUCCAAAUGGUUCUUGUGAAGUUAUUGACCAAUGUACCAUAACUGUUCCGUCCAACCGAACUAGUGGGGAGGUGCGUUCAAUAUCAUCCAACAUCUGUGGUAAACAUGGAAUUUGUCGAAGCCAGGCUGGAAGUCGUUUUGUAUGUGAAUGCCAGUCAGGCUACCAGGGAACAUAUUGUCAUGAAAACAUAAAUGACUGCUUGCAAAAUCCAUGUCGUAACCAUGGGACUUGCAUUGAUGGAGUACAAUCUUACCGGUGUGUUUGUGCACCGGGAUGGGAAGGUAGUAGCUGUAGCCGCAACACCAAUGAUUGUAGUCCAAAUCCUUGCCAAAAUCAUGGCAUCUGCACUGACAGAAUAAACGGUUUCCGCUGUGUGUGUCCCAAAGGAUGGAAAGGGAAAACAUGCAAUUCAAAAGUGAGUCAGUGUGAUCGUUUUACAUGUUCCAACGGAGGAACUUGUCAGGAUCGUGGCGCAUCAUUUCAAUGUCUCUGUCCAGAUGGAUUCUAUGGCGAUACCUGUCAAAUAGCUUCUUGGCACAGCUGUGAUUCAAACCCUUGUCAGAAUGGAGGAACCUGUGUCAAUUCUGGCGACAGCUUCACUUGUUUUUGUAAGGAGGGAUUUGAAGGCAAUGUCUGUGAGCAGAACAUUAAUGAUUGCUACCCGUUUCCUUGUUACAAUGGUGCUCAGUGUAUUGAUGGUGUAAAUUGGUACUUGUGUGACUGUAGCAAAGGCUUUGCUGGACCAGACUGCAGAAUAAAUAUACAAGAAUGUACUUCGAAUCCAUGUGCUUUUGGCAGUACUUGCAUUGAUGAGAUUGGUAGCUAUAAAUGUAUUUGUCCUCCCGGAAGAACUGGAAAUCAAUGUGAAAAUGUUAUUGGACAUUUGCCUUCUCCUAAUUCCUGUAUUUUCAAACAACAUGCCUACUCUGACAAAAGCUCAUGGAAACAUGAGUGCAAUUCUUGUCAUUGCAACGACGGUCGCGUUCAUUGUACAAAGGUUUGGUGCGGACCCAAAAACUGCUUGAGCCAUCCAAAUGUUUCUGAGCCAGUCGAUAUAUGUGCACAUGAUGAAACGUGUGUUGUAAAAACAACACAGACAUGCUUUACACCACCCUGCUUGCCUUGGGGUCACUGUAAACAUAUAUCAAAGAUUGAAGAUUCUGCUCCCAGAGAUAUACAAACCAACUGUAUACCAAAUGAAGCAAAAAUCAGUAAUAACUGUGCAAAAAUCAACCUUCUCUUUGACAAAUCUCGGAUGCCAAAAGGCGUAUCUGUUGGCAAUAUCUGCAAUUCUCUUCGAGCCUUCCCCAAAGUGCAAGCUUAUGCCAAGAAAGAAACGAUUAUUAUUCUAUGUGCUAUCCAACUUCGAAGAGCUGACUCCAUUGAAAUCACACUGUCACUGGAUAUGAAGCACAAUGAUAAUUCAGGAAUCCUGAUUUCUACCUUAAAAGAUCUUGUUGAAGAAACGGCUAAUGCUGUCAGUCAAAAACUUGUCAAUAGCAGUGCCUUAAAAGCUGUCAUCGAUGUCCAGGUACAAACUAAUAUCAUCCCCAAAAAACCUUCAGGUAACAGCUAUACACCUGUGAUUCCAAUUCUUUGCGCAGUUGUCGGUCUUCUGGGUUUGAUUAGUAUUAUACUUCUGAUAUUUUGGUAUCGACGACGCUGGAACAGCAAAAGAGCAAGAAGAAUGGAACGUGCAAUUCAUCAAAAAACAAACAAUGACAAUGAAGAAGCCUUAACUCACUUCCAAAGGAAAUCUUUGUUUGACAUCGACAAAGGAAGCGGAGGAGGAGGAACGUCGAAUUUCCUAACAACAGAGUUUAACGAGAUUGGUAUUGAAAAAUAUGAAAAAGUUUCAGCACCUAAAAGACUUUUACCUACGAGGGCAGAUUCAUACGAAAAGCUGAAACAGAAAACCCCAUUAAGAAAAAUGACAAAGAAAAAAGACAUAAAUAUCGAAAUAUCACGAACAUUAGCCGCAGCAGCUGCGGCUGAAAGGGAGAUAAUUAUGUAAACAUAACGGUUGACAAAAGAAUAUGCCACAUAAGUAAUAAUAAUAAUAAUGAUGAUGAUGAUAAUAAUAAUAAUAAUAAUAAUGAUAAUAAUAAUAAUAUUAAUAUUAAUAAUAAUAAUCUGAUCAAUAUAAAGGAACAUUGAAACAUUUUUAAAUAUUUGUGUUUAUAUAAUCAAAAACUGUUCCUAAGAUAUACUUCCACCUCUUCUAGUUUAUACACUUUAUAAUAACAUACAUACAUAUCUACUUUUCAACUGGAUACCAAAUAUAUGUAUAUAGAAAAAGCUGUAUGUGCAUACAUAUAUGCAUAGAUACAUGAUUUAUAUAAGUAUGCAUGUAUGCAUAUUUGUACACACACACACACACACUCACACACACACAGAGUAACACAGAGUAACACAGACAAAAUGCAACAAACAAACAUGUAUAAGCUAAUACACUCACACACAACAUACAUACACAUACAUCUUAUUUCUAUAGUUAGAUGAAUAUUUAUAUGAAGAAAAUAGAUACAUUCUAAACACAUAUGUAUUUUAUUGAAUAUUUUGCUAAUUUCACUUUAUGCAAAUACAGCAAUAAAUUGACAAG